CGUCUGCGCCAACGUAACACCAGAUUCCGUCACCAUGCUUAACACCACUCAUCAGACCCCGUCGAGUUUCCAGCCGCCACUUCCUCCCGGAUGGACCGAACACAAAGCGCCUACGGGCCACACAUAUUAUUACAAUGCGGAAACGAAGGAAUCGACAUACAAGCGGCCAGGCGCAACGCCUGUACCUGUCGCCGCACCCGUCGCCGUACCCGUUCCUGCCAUAGCGAACCCAAUGGCCAGCUACAUGCAGCACCAAGCAGUGCCAGAGAUCAACCUCUCCGACCCUGCCGUUGCGAAUGCCUUCAUGGCACAGUAUGCCCAGCCGCAACACCAACCCGGCCACAGAGGAGGGCUCGGUGCGGGAGGCAGGGGCGGUUUCCAGCCCCGACCCCGCCCACAGCCAGUUGACAAGCCGAGGUCAAAGGUCGCCAUUCCAGGCUGCGAGCCGUGGAUACUUGUCUACACCAAGUACGGCCGACGAUUUGUCUACAAUCCGGUCAAGAACGCUAGCUACUGGCGCAUCCCCGAGAAGCUCAUGCCGGCCAUUCUCGAGCUCGACCAGGCGCGGAUCCGGCAGAAGGCCGGAGGAAAAACAGCAGAGCAACAACAACAAGAACAAAAGGACGAAGCGGCAAAGGGCGCUGAGAAGUCUACUACCACCACCCCCGCAGCAGCAGCAGAGACGCAGCAGCAUGACAAACAAGCGACACCCGACUACGACAGUUCCGAGUACGAAGAAGUCGAAGUAACAGACGACGAAGAAGGCGGCGAAGGCGCAGACCAAGAACAAGACCAAAGCAGCAACGCGCCGAAGCGGCAGCGGACAGAAGAGCCGACCACCGCCGACUCCGGACCCGCCGAGUUCACCGAAGCCGACAUCGCCGCGCAGCUGGCAGCCAUGAGCGCCGAAUACGGAGACGACGAGAUGGUCGACGGCGAAGCCGGGGGCUGGGAGGAAGGCGACGAAGGACUACCCCUCUCAGACCACGACGCCCGGGAGCUGUUCAAAGACCUGCUCAACGACUUCCACAUCAACCCAUACAGCCCCUGGGAAAAACUCCUCGAAGAAGGCAAAGUCUUUGACGACCCGCGCUACACCGUUCUCCCCACAACCAAAGCCCGGAAGGAAGUCUGGGAGGAAUGGUCACGGGCCAAGAUCCAGGACCUCAAAGCCCAGCGCGCCCGAGAGGAAAAGAAAGACCCCCGGAUCCCAUACCUAGCCUUCCUGCAGGAAAAAGCGACACCGAAACUGUACUGGCCCGAGUUCCGCCGGAAAUACAAAAAGGAAGACGCCAUGCGCGACCCGAAACUGUCAGAUAAAGACCGUGAGAAGUUUUACCGCGAGCACAUCAACCGGCUCAAACUCCCCCAGGCAACACUCAAAUCCGAUCUCAAGACCCUCCUGCAAUCCGUGCCCCUAUCCGAACUCAACAACCAGACCAUGCCCUCCCACCUGCCCCCGCGCGUGUUAAGCGAUAUACGGUAUAUCUCCCUCGCCCCCCAAAUUCGUGACCCGUUUGUCGAAGCGUACAUCAAAGAUCUGGGCCCGCCACCCGAGGCCUCGACAGCGGGCGGGACAGGAGAGGGUGGGGGGGAGGACGAGGCGGCGAAAAAGGCGCGCGCGAAGCGGGAGAAGGCGCUGCAGGACCGGGAGCGGGCGGUGGCUGAGGAGAAGAAAAGGCAGGAGAAGAAGCUGCAGUACGAGCGCGCGCGGCUGAGGGAUGAGGAGAGGGAGUUGGAGAGGGCUAUGCAAGUUGGGAAGAGGGGGCUGCAGAGUCAGCUGCUGGUGGUUGCUGCGGGGGAUAAGGAGCAGCAAGAGCAACGGGCGGGGGAAAGGGCUGGAGGUGGGCAGGAGGAGGGCAUCUAGGUAGGCAGUUAUACUGAGUGACACCAAAGCAAUCUAGGCUCAGGUGCCGGGACUUGAAAUGGAAAUGCCGUAUCAUGAUCCGAU